AUGAAGACUAAACCGCUAAGCCAAGACCCUGGCUCCAAAAGAUACGCCUACCGUGUCAAUAAGGAAGAGAAUCGUAAAGAGCUUAAACAUGUCAAGAUCGAUGAGAACUCCGUUGCUCAGAAGAACGGGAAGCUAGAUUUGCCAAAGAAAAAAUUCUAUCGCCAGAGGGCUCACUCCAAUCCCUUCUCAGAUCACCAAUUGGAUUAUCCAGCCAGUCCUGAUGAAAUGGACUGGUCCAAGCUUUAUCCGCACUUCUAUGAUCAGGAAACCGGGAAGAUGGCCAAGCAAGUUACGAUUGCGGACAUCGGUUGCGGUUUCGGCGGUUUAAUGGUCGACCUAUCUCCCGAGUUCCCAGACGAGCUGAUCCUGGGAAUGGAAAUUCGAGUGCAAGUCACCAACUAUGUUGAAGAUAGAAUCAUCGCAUUGCGAAGCAAUCAUGCCAAGGAGGAGGGCUAUCAGAACAUCAAUGUCCUGAGGGGCAAUGCGAUGAAGUUCUUGCCCAAUUUUUUCCAUAAGGGACAGCUAUCGAAGAUGUUCUUCUGCUUCCCUGAUCCGCACUUCAAGCAGAGGAAGCACAAGGCCAGGAUCAUCACAAACACCCUGCUGAGUGAAUACGCAUACGUACUUAAGGAGGGCGGUGUUGUCUACACCAUUACAGAUGUCGAAGAUUUGCACCAUUGGAUGGUUAAACAUUUGGAAGAGCAUCCACUCUUUGAAAGGUUAAGCGAGUCUUGGGAGAACGAAGAUAAAUGUGUGUCCAUAAUGAGAAAUGCCACAGAAGAAGGUAAGAAAGUCGAAAGGAAGAGGGGCGACAAGUUCGUCGCUUGCUUCAGGAGAGUCCAAACUCCCGAGAUAAUAUAA